AUCCCCACUCUCUGUCCGCCCCCAUAUAAACCCCCACUCCACACAAGCCUUCCCAUUGCCCACUUGUAGGAGUCGUGGUCCAUGAUUCUUCUGGAGUUGUCCCUGUAUUAGUUAAGGUUUUAUUCCCACUGCUAAAGAGAUUUGUGGCAACAUGACAGGCUGCAUGGCUUUAGUCCUGUGCGUGGCAGCUCUGAGUGCUUCGACAUUCACUACAGAUGCCAAGGAGUUAUCCAUCACCACUAUAAAGGCAGAUCCAUACACUAUGACCGCAGGCUCAGAGCUGGAGGGCUUCUGCAUCGACCUGAUCUCUGAACUCUCCAAAAAGCUUGGCUUCAAAUACAAACUGCACUUGGUCAAGGACAACCGCUAUGGAUCCAGGGACACAAACGGAAACUGGAACGGCAUGAUGGGUGAAGUUGUCAGAGGGGAGGCAGACCUGGCUGUGGCUCCGCUGACCCGCACUGCAGACAGAGAGCGCUUCGUGGACAUGAGCACGCCCUUCAUGCAAACCGGAAUUGGCUUCAUCCUGCACAAAAACCUGACCUCUGAGGAGAGCACUUUCAGCCUGCUUGCACCCUUCUCCACAGACACAUGGGUGGGCAUCCUCAUUGCAUUCCUGCUCACGGGGCUCUGCAUCUUCCUGGUGGCCAGGAUCAGUCCAUCUGAAUGGGCUGAACCUGACAGCGAGCAGCACAGCUUCACACUGUUCCACAGCUUCUGGUAUAUCACUGGCGCUCUCACCCUGCAAGGUGCUGGUCCUCACCCUAAAGCUCUGUCAGGACGUCUGGUCAGUGCCAUCUGGUGGCUAUUUGCUGUACUGCUGCUGGCCUGCUACUUCGCCAACUUUAACUCUGUGCUGCAGUCCAACAGCAAACACCUUUCUAUCAAGAGCUUUGAAGACCUGGCAAAUCAGGAUGUGAUCAAUUAUGGCACAGUGGAUUCUGGCUCCACCAUGUUUUUCUUUAAGAAUUCGAAAAAUCCCGUAUAUCACCGUAUCUAUGAGCACAUGGAGCGGAAGAAGAGCUUUGUGCCCAACAUGGAGGAGGGUGUCCGUCGCACCUUGGAGGGAAACUUUGCCUUCAUUGGUGAGGCAGUGUCCUUGGAUUUGGCGGUGGCACGUAACUGUAAACUAAUCCGAUUUGAGGAAGCUAUCUCUACGAGAGCGUACAGCAUCGCAGCACCUCUGGGUUCACCUCUGGUUAAAAACUUGACCAUCGCCAUCCUCCAGCUGAGUGAGUCUGAAACGCUGACACACCUGCGGCACAAGUGGUGGGCCAGCAGCUGUGUGGGGGCUGAGGGGGUCCACAGCUCAGGGGCCCUGCACACCCAUGACCUGGGGGGUCUCUUCCUGCUCCUGGGACUAGGACUGGCUGUCGGCCUCCUGCUGGCCCUGCUCGAGCUUUUAUCCAAGGCCCGCAUCCAAGCCAAGGACAGCAAGAAAUCCUGCUGCUCAGUGUUGACAUCAGAGCUGAAUCGUCGGUUUGGCAGUGGAGGGGAGAGCACAGAGCCUGACACCUCAGACAAAAGCAAAGCCUAAAGGAAACAUUAGCUGUUGUUACAGGCCAAAGUAUACCCACAUCUGGACUAUACCGUGGGGUUAAAUUGGUUUAUCAUAACUCCCCUCCCAGGCCAGAUUACAUCCCCAUGAUAAUCAGUAGUGUUGAGUGAUAUACACAAGAAUUACCUUUUUUUUUUCCUUUUAACUUUGAACAUUUGUAUUAUAGGGAGGACUUGCUAGUCUUAGAACUUGAAUGACUUAUGACUUUUAUUAUAUUAUGAACAGUCAAAUUAAUCGAACAUUAUGUUUCAAUUGCAUUAUAAUGUUUUGUUUUUAAUGUGCUUUUAUUUUAAUGUGUAAACACUUCUGACAAGUCUGGUAGUAAUCUUUGAUCUUGGUGAAAGUCUAAUAUUUGUACUGAUAUAAGUAAUCCUUUUGAGUUUUCAAAUUUAAGUCAGCUUUCUCACUUAACUUUACCUGACAAAGCUGAACCUCCAAUAAAAUGUUGAAAAAUGAAGUUAUUCUUGUGUUUAUCACUCAACACUACUGAUAUCAUGCAGAGAUAAUCUGGCCUGGGGUAUAAGGUGGCCAAGACUACUUUAACCCCUGGUGUAGUCCAGACUGGGGGUAAACUAUGGCCUGUUACACCAGUUGUGUUAGAGUUUGAUGACAGAGCGUCAAAGAUGAGAGUAAGCUGAGAGCCUCUGUUCUUUUCUAUCACUCACAUAAGCAUCUUUGGUUUCCAUAGUGAUAGCAGUUGUUAAGUAUUUCUGUAUUCUUGUGAAAAAGAGUGUGGAAAAACCUUACCUAGCUGUAGCAUAUGAUGCACAAAUCAGGAUACUUACAAGUGCAGACUGGAAACAGUAAAUACUAUGAAAUAUGUAAUCACAUAUCCAAAUCCUACUUCCAUACUACCCACUCUAGUGUGUGUUUGUUAAAUUACAGUAGCUUCUUAAUAACAGGUUUUUUUUUUAUUGUUUGUAUUGCCUGAAUAAAUCAUCCUGUAAAUGAAAAACACUUUUGUCUCAUAUAUCAAAUGUUCUGGUGAUUAAACUUCCACA